AUGGAACAUUUUGAAGACGAAAUCAGUAGCAUAGACGAAGAAACGGUUUCCUUGUUCAACAAUGAAUCGUCUUCAGAAAAGAAAUCAUUGAAAUCCGAUGAUUAUAAUCAUGAAUUGGACGAUGAUAUGGAAGAUACGAGAUCUGAAUUGAAGUUCGAUAAAGCUUUGGAGACUGAAGAGGAGACAGAAAAAAGAUUGUUGAUUGAAGACGCUUUAAGUUCUAAUGCUAGUACAGUGAAAACUUGGCAGAAUUUCGCUAUUACCCCUUUCGGAUUAAUAGCAGACGAUUUAAGAUGCAAAGUAUGGCCAUUGUUAUUAGAAGUAGAUCCAAGUUCAAAUGAAAAAAUACCUUCUCUGGAGGAGUUGUCUAGUCAUAGCGAGUAUCAGCAGGUAGUUUUAGAUGUUAAUAGGUCAUUGAAAAGAUUUCCACCAGGCAUUCCAUAUAAACAAAGAUUAGCGUUGCAGGAUCAACUUACUGUUUUAAUAUUAAGAGUAAUUAUUAAAUAUCCACAUUUACGUUAUUACCAAGGUUACCAUGAUGUGGCUAUUACGUUCUUGUUGGUAGUGGGGGAGGUAGUGGCUUUUAGGAUAAUGGAGAAGCUCAGUACUACUCAUUUGAAGGAGUGUAUGGAGCCAACCAUGGAAAAAACUUCUUAUAGGUUAAAUUAUAUGUAUGCUUUGCUAUCAAAGGUUGAUGUGGAGUUACAUAAUUUUUUAGACAGUGCUGCAGUAGGCACGAUGUUCGCCCUUCCCUGGUACCUGACAUGGUUCGGACAUUCUCUAAACCAAUAUAAGGACGUCGUAAGGUUAUACGAUUUCUUCCUGGCCUCCCCCGAAAACAUGUCCAUCUACGUAGCCACCUCGUUGGUCAUCCAAAGGCGGCAAGAAGUAUUCGCUGAGGGUUGCGACAUGGCCAGCAUCCACUGCCUCCUUUCCCAAAUACCCAAUAAUUUGAACUUCGACGAAAUCCUACAGAAAGCAUCUGAAUACUACAGAAAAUUCCCGCCCGAGAAGCUGGAACAGUUGGUGAAAAAGAGGGUGCAGAAAGAACUCGAGCAGAGGAAGAGGGACGAACAGAACAUGAGGAACAGACUAAAUAGGAAUAAGGGCAUUUGGUACAGGGUACCGACUUGGUUAGUAUUUAAUGGAAAAUAUGGUCUGCUGUUUGCGGCUGCUACAGUACUGUUGGGAUAUAUUUAUUAUUUGAGGAUCACCGAAGGCCACAGUCCGUUUAGAAGUUUAUUCAGUACAUGA